ACCAGAUAUCGUUUAUUAUAAUGUGGGACUCGUCGUGUUCGCUUACCAUUCCGUCGACCGCCUGUAACGCGUCGCCGUCCGUAUGAACGAAUAAUCGUUUUAAAUACGUUAGUCAUCAGCACCGCAGCGCGCAGUAGGAAUCAAAUUGGUCUUCGGUUGAACUUCUCAUUUCCACGCCGCGCAGGUACGUACUUUUCGGGUUACAGAGUUCCGAUCCGCUUCUCAUCGUCGUUGAACGUUUUCAAUGCCCGUUUAGUCGUCUCGUGACCUCGGCCAACACACUGCAACCAUGAUAUUACUGGAGACCAACAAUCGCGUUGUUGAAGAGUCCGUCACCGUAAGGAUUAAGAACGCGCUGGCCGGAAACAAAUCGGAAAACACCAACAUUUACAUUUCGGACUACGCUGGAGUUCUGUUCCACAUUUCAAACCUGGAAGGUCAAAAGAACAUGCUGCGGGUGAGCAUAGCUUUGAAAUUCUAUGCUGAACUUCAAGAACACGGUGCAUCAGAGUUAUUAAACCGUGUGUACGGUGCAUAUGUUACCGAACCGGAAUCGGGUUUUAAUUUUUCUUUGCUCAUUAACCUAGAAAAAAUACCUGACGAUUGGGAAUUAUUAGUUAAGAAAAUUGGUCAGUUGAAACGUAAUUGUUUUGCAUCAGUAUUUGAAAAGUAUUUUGACUUCCAAGAAAAAGGCGAGGAAGGCCAUAAAAGAGCUGUGAUUAAUUACAGAGAAGAUGAGACUAUGUAUGUGGAAGCUAAAGCAGAUCGCGUAACUGUUGUAUUCAGCACAGUAUUCAGGGAUAGUGAUGACAUAGUUUUAGGUAAAGUCUUUAUGCAAGAACUAAGAGAAGGCAGACGAGCUAGUCAAACUUCUCCUCAAGUAUUAUUUUCGCACAAAGAACCACCCCUUGAAUUACAAGACACUAAUGCUCGUGUUGGUGAUGAAGUAGGAUAUAUAACAUUUGUGCUAUUCCCAAGACAUACUAACCGUGCAGCUCGUGAAAAUACUAUUGAUUUGAUUCAUAUGUUCCGUGACUAUCUACAUUAUCAUAUCAAGUGCACCAAAGCAUAUAUACAUUCCUGUAUGCGAGCUAAAACUACUGAUUUCAUUAAAGUGCUCAACAGAGCUAGACCAGAAUCAAAAAAGUCUAAUGAAAAGAAAACUAUUAGUGGCAGAUCAUUCAUUCGAAGGGAUUGAAUUUAAUAUUUUACAUAUUAAAAUACUGUAUAUUAUUAAUAAAUAAUACAUGAAUUAAUCUUAAAUAAAUCUGAACUACAUGCUAGCAUUCAUUUUUAGUCUAGUAUUUAUAAUGUUGUUAGCUAAUCCAACUAAUCAUUGUUUUAAAGUUA